AUGCUGUUGUCCAGAGAAAACCAAAGUGUUGUGACCACAUUCAUUCUCUUGGGCUUCUCUGAAUAUCCGGGCCUGCAGGUACCCCUGUUCCUGAUAUUUCUGGCUGUCUACACAGUCACUGCAGUGGGGAACCUGGGUAUGGUCGUCCUCAUCCGGAUCAGUUCUAAACUCCACACGCCCAUGUACUAUUUCCUUAGUCACUUGUCCUUUGUGGAUUUCUGUUAUUCUACUGUAGUCACACCCAAACUGUUGGAGAACCUGGUUGCUGAAGACAGAACAAUCUGCUUCAUGGGCUGCAUCCUGCAGUUCUCUUUCAUCUGCGUAUUUGCAGUGGUAGAAACAUUCAUACUGGCUGCUAUGGCCUAUGACCGAUUUGUGGCUGUGUGCAACCCCUUGCUUUACACAGUCGUCAUGUCUCAGAAGCUCUGUGUCUCCUUGGUGGCAGCCUCUUACACGUGGGGUAUAGUCUCUUCCCUGACCCUUACCUAUUCUCUCCUGGCAUUAUCCUUCUGUGGACCAAAUAUCAUAAAUAAUUUCAUUUGUGAAUACUCUGUCCUGGUGUCUGUUUCCUGCUCUGACCCUCAUGUCAGCCAAGUGCUCUGUUUAGUCAUUACCUUCUUUGAUGAAGUGAGCAGUCUGCUCAUCAUCCUCAGCACGUACACUUUCAUCUUCCUCACGGUGAUAAGAAUGCCUUCUGCUGGCGGGCGUCAAAAAGCCUUCUCUACCUGUGCCUCUCAUCUGACCGCCAUCACCGUUUUCCACGGCGCUGUCCUGUUCCUUUAUUGUGUGCCUGACUCCCAAAAUUCAUGGCUCCUGGUCAAAGUAGGCUCUGUGUUGUAUGCCGUGGUUGUCCCCAUGUUGAACCCUUUGAUCUACAGCCUGAGGAACAAAGAUGUGAAGGAGAGCAUGAGGAAGCUACUGAGUCACCCAAUAAAAUUUUGA